AGCUUUACUUUUCCAAUAAUAUAAACAUGUCUACUCCUUUUGCACUGGCUUGAACCAAGGCUUUUUUACAAGGGGGGACUAUGCAGUUCUACAUCAAACUGUAUAAAAACUCUCAUUAUGCAUUCGCCUGUGUUGUUGCAGGGCUAAAUCUUUAUUAGUGGUAUAGGGAAUAUGCACAUAGCUGCACGUGUACGCGUGAGGAAACGAGGAUACCCUGCAAGCUGCUGCAAGGAAGAGAGAAAGAGAGAGAGGACUGCCGUGCUUUCAUCAAUAUAAUCACCACCCUAAGUACUAGCUCUUAACAUUUUGUUUUUCGGUGUUCAGGGCGAGAAGUGACAAGAAUAUAGACCCCUCCUCUGCAGGGCGGAGCGUGCAUUUUCAUUUCGUAUUUUGUAUUUUUUUAUUUAUUUUUUUUCUAGCCCCUGUUCUCCCUUGCUCUGACACGUCUGCACUGAGUGAGUGGCAUUGGCACACUGUCAAUCGCUCACUACCCUGCUGCCAUCAAACAACAUAAAACACACACAGGCAAGAAGCUGGAGCUCAUAAAUUUCAGCAGGGCAAGAUCUUUUUUUUUGCGCAUCGCCCUUAUUAUAUACAGCGUUGUAUCCUAAUUAAUUUCGUGGUUGCUUUCUUUUUUUUCUAAACAAGAAAUCUCACAACUUUUUUUUGUAUAUUUCAUAUUUUUUAUAUAUAUAUAUUAUAGUCAUAUUUGGACACCUUAUUGCUGCAGAUUGUGUAUUUUUUUUUCUAAUACUGUCAGUUGUCGCGGGAGUCAUUUCUGCACAUUUAUAGUUGGCAACACCUGCGAGAUUUUUUUUUUAUUUGUUUACACGUUUCUCCACAUUGGAUAUUUUUUUUUGGUUGCCGGUGCUUCUUCGCAUAUAGGAGGAUUUGGACAUUUUUUUUUUUUUUUUUGGAGAAGAAGGAAUGCGCGAAGGAUCCCACGAAGAGCGCUAAUAAAUGAGAGAUCACCAAAGGAGCGUUUCUGUCUCCAUACCAGCCGUCACAUCUCAGAGAAAAAGACAGAUUGGCAUGAGGAUCCGUGCUGGAUACGAUGGACCGUCAAUUUUGACAAAGAAGUGUUAAAGAAGAAGAAGAUUUAUGCAUUUUUCUACGCGUUUGGGCACUUUGGACCGCGCGUAAAAAUAGCAGGAGGACAGCGAGAACUUGGACACAAGAUUUACCAUAAAACACCACUGCUAUUUUAUUUUUAUUUUUAAAACAAACGUGUGUUUGCUCCUUUAUCGCCGAAGAACCACAGCUGUGCAUCCUUCUUGUCUGCAGCACAUGCUAUAACCCGAUUUCGUAUAUGAGUUUUUCAAUUUGUGUGGCUCAGUGCACAGACUCUUUAGCGGCUACUAUGGACGAUCAAGCCCGGAUCAUGCAGUCGAUCGGCGGCGUCAGUCUGGCCGGCCACUCGGUACAAGGAGGCAUGGCACUGCCGCCUCCACAUGGACACGACGGGACAGACGGAGGAAAACAAGACAUUGGUGACAUUCUCCAUCAAAUAAUGACCAUAACUGAUCAAAGUCUGGACGAGGCGCAAGCAAAAAACAGGAAACACGGACUGAACUGUCACAGAAUGAAACCAGCACUCUUCAGCGUUCUCUGUGAAAUCAAAGAAAAGACAGGUCUCAGCAUCCGCGGUGCCCAGGAGGAGGACCCGCCGGACCCCCAGCUCAUGCGUUUAGACAACAUGCUGUUGGCGGAGGGCGUGGCGGGACCAGAGAAAGGCGGCGGGUCCGCUGCCGCCGCAGCUGCAGCUGCAGCCUCCGGCGGGGCGGCCGACAACUCCAUCGAACAUUCCGACUACAGAGCCAAACUCACCCAGAUCAGACAGAUCUACCACACGGAGCUGGAGAAGUACGAACAGGCAUGUAACGAAUUCACUACCCAUGUGAUGAACCUGCUGAGGGAACAGUCUCGCACGCGGCCCAUCUCCCCCAAAGAGAUCGAGCGCAUGGUGGGAAUCAUCCACCGUAAAUUCAGCUCCAUCCAGAUGCAACUGAAACAGAGCACCUGUGAGGCUGUCAUGAUCCUGCGCUCCAGAUUCCUUGAUGCCAGGCGGAAAAGGAGAAACUUCAGCAAGCAGGCGACGGAAAUCCUGAACGAAUACUUCUACUCGCACCUCAGCAACCCUUACCCGAGCGAGGAGGCUAAAGAGGAGCUGGCCAAGAAGUGCAGCAUCACAGUUUCCCAGGGGGUGGGAAGCACCAUCACAGUAUCACAGGUGUCCAACUGGUUUGGCAACAAACGGAUCCGGUACAAGAAAAAUAUCGGCAAGUUUCAGGAAGAGGCCAACCUGUAUGCCGCCAAGACUGCUGUAAAUGCAGCACAUGCUGCGGCCGCCGCAGUGCAGAACAGCCAGGCCAACUCCCCUACCACACCUAACUCCGGAUUCCAGAUGAAAGAUGAAGAGUUUCAGCUGGAUUCUGCCGAGAGCAAAAACACUCUUUUAACCAACAUGUUUACUGGUUCUUUAGGUUCUUUUAACCUCCCAAACUCUGGGGACAUGUUCUUGAGCAUGCAGAGUCUGAAUGGGGAUUCUUACCAAGGGGCACAAGUCGGAGCCAAUGUACAGUCACAGGUGGAUACCCUGCGCCAUGUUAUCAGUCAGACGGCAGGAUACAAUGAUGCUCUCGGGGGGAACACAAUGUAUAGUCCACAUGGGUUAAAUGCUAAUGGGGGAUGGCAAGGUGCAGCGACUCCGUCUUCUGUGAUAUCUCCGACAGAAGGACCCGGAAGUGUGCACUCCGAUACCUCGAAUUGAUCCCGCUAUUAAUGCAUCUUCGCCUCAAGCUGGGCAUGGACUCUUUUCACUGACUAGACCAACUGCAGAGGAUAUACAACAACGACAACAAAAAACUUUUCACAACAGAUUUUUUUCCCGUACCUUAAAAUAACAUCCUCCAUCAUUAACACCCAGUGUUUCUCCUGAUCGUUCAGUGUUUUAUUUCCGUCUACAUAAAUCAGAUGUAAUCACCGCGCUCUUAUUUGUUUGUCGUAGGGGUAAGCACACACAUGUACAAACAGAAAACAGCCCUCAGUAAAACUUCCAGGAUUAAUUAGCUCCUCUGAACUUUAAAAAUACUGGAUGACACUCGUGCAUUUUAAUGUGACGUUUUAAACGCUGCCAUUUGUUUGAUUCUUGAUUUAAUUACCGCUCCCAUUUUGAUAAUUGGGUUCUCUUUCAGUUCGUACAAUACGCAGAUUAAAGCAGCUGUUUCUUUGACUGUAAUGUGCUCGCGGUCUUGUCCGGCGACUCAACAAUGCUACCGUUGACAGCUCAAUGGCAGCUUUGUAGUUGCACUUCAAGAUUUAUUUUUGCCUUACAGCCGUAUACAUUAGUAGAAGGAAAUGGCUAUUCAAACUCUGGAACAUAAAGACGUGUAAUUGAUUGCUUGACUAUAACAUGACACCGUUCCAUAUUUUAUAAUUUGAUGUUUAGUAUGUACAUAUGUAAACAUUUUUUUUUUUGUACUGCUUAUCAACAACAGUAUAUCAUUCCUUCACAGGAGCAGGCCCCGUUACACAAGAAAAGUUGUACAUAAUAUAGCAUAAAAGUAAUUAUACAUCCCACCAAUCAAAACACAGCUUUAUUACCUCAUUCAAAUUCAUAAAAACCAAUAAUUUUCCACCUUUUCCGUAGUGCUCACUUACUACCUCUAAACAAUAUCACCACCAUACUUUCUUUUGCCCUUAUUUAAUGUUUUUAUGUAGUUCUUUUGAUUACAUCUUGUAACACUGUAAACUCUCCAUCCUCUAUGUAAUCUAAUGUAUAUUUUAAUCUUUUAAUAAAAUGCCGUUGCCGUACCGCAACUUAAAAUGACAAAAAUAAAAAAUGAUAACAAUAUUAAUACCGUGAAAAAGAGACGGGGAGGGGAGGGGGGUGAAGAAGAAGUUGUUGGUCUGUGGCUUUUACGACAGGGGCGGGGGGGUGCGAUGAACGUUGUUGAUAAAUUAACACCAAACAGUGAAACUGUUGUAAAUAUGAAGAAGAAGAAAAAAACAUUUUGAAUGUUGCUCAUCUUGUUACUAAAUCAUGCGGGGUAAAAAAGAGAAAAAAAAAUCACUAUAAAAACUGUAAUGCAUAGAGGUUUCAGUAUUCAGAACUGUACAUUUCCAGCUCUGUUCAACAGGGUUCAAAACUUCUUUUUUCUCUUUUUUCUAUUGUAUGUGAUUCUGAAACUGAAAAAAAAGUCAUGACAACUGAUUUGUGGCAGUGAUUCUAAUGUAUUAAAGAUGUUUAGUGUUACUUUCUAACCAGACUACACCCUGGACUGAAAAGUCUUCCUUGUGGUAGUUGUGUAAUUUCAAACAUGAAUAAACCUUUUGCUUUCAUGACA